AUCGAGAGAAAGUUCGAACUCAUUUUAACACAUUUGCUUUUACUCAUUUGCCAAAUAAAAGAAAAAAAAAAGAUUUAACGAAAUUGCAGCAGACGCAACAGCGUCUACUCGUCAAGAAUUGCCAAAUUUUCCAAGUGAUUUUGCAAAGAGUGGCGUUCAAAAAACGAGCUAAAUAGAACGCUGGGCUUUGAGAGAGCCCAAGGAUUCUUUCAUUGUCCGGCGUAUUUAGCACGUUUUUUGCGGCAAGCGUUUUGCCACAAGUGGCGGAAGAUUAACCAAUUUAGGGAUGAGUUGUGCAACACCCCGUUGUCGACCGCGUUGUGGACCCUGUGGACCCUGCGGCCCUUGCGGACCCUGCGGACCUUGCGGACCUUGCGGAUCAUGCGGACCUUGCGGAUCAUGUGGACCUUGCGGACCAUGCGGACCCUGCGGACCUUGCGGACCCUGCGGCGGUGGCGGUUGUGGGCCCUGUGGUAGCUGCUGCGGACCCUGCGGCGGGCCAUGUGGCAGCUGUUGCGGACCGUGCGGGAGCUGCGGUUCCGGGCCGUGUGCCGUUGUAUCAUACCGCCUUAGCUGCGGGCCGGUGGGCCCGGUCCUGCCCUGUAUGAAGUGCACCUGCAGCGCAUGCUGCCCCAGCAACUGUGCCCCUCCCUUCUACUUCGUGCCCAAUAAGUGCCGCAACUGCUACGAGUGGGGCUGCUUUGGACCGCUGUAUUAGUGUGCUUGCUGUUGUUGCACUUUUGAUGGAACUUUUGCUAUUUUUAAUGCAAUAAAUUUACGUGUCAGCCAAA